AACAAAUAAAAUUUUGAUCAGCUUUAUUUAAGAGCUGAUAAAAACUAAACUAAAAAUCUUGAUACAAAGAUUUUAUAUAUUUAAGAAAAUUACUACUUUUAAGAAAGACAUAUUGAUUAAAAGCAUUAAAUAAGAAAUAUUAAAAUGUUCAAGAUCCACUUUAACAGAUAAAAGCUUUAAAAUUUAUUUUGGAAUAUUACCAUAUUUAUACUACUUCUAGGAGCAAUUUAACUACUUUAAGUUAUUUAAACAACUUUAGUUUUUAUGAGCAAAUAUAAAAUUUAUUUAAAUUCCCUCUGCUAUAUUUCGAGUUAUUGCUGGGUUGGGCGUAUUAUUACUUUGACUAUAACUACCUUGCUUUACGAUUUAACAUUUUCUUUUUUGAGUUAAAAAGCUAAUUAAUCCAAAAAAGACCUUCUAAGAAUAAAAAUAAUUAUAUUAUCAAUAUUUAUUAUCUACAUUAUACUAUUAUGCAUUUAAUAAAGUGAAAUUUUACUUACGAUUAUAACUACUAACCUAUUUAGUAUUCAUCUCUGCUAAUUGCAUAAAAUAUUUUAUAGUAAUUCAAUUUGGAUUAUGAAGGGUAUUAUAAACUUAGCUUUUUUAAUACUAAGCAUUCCAUCUUCUUAUUUAUGCAUGUUUUAUUAGGCUUAGAUAAGCUUAGGAUAGAGUUUUUUAUAUGGUAUGAUAGGAACUUACAUAUCUGUGAUAAUUAUUUUAGUAGUUUUAUCACUCAAAACAUCAAGAUUAGAUAAAAUAACUCUAACUAAUGAAAAUGGUGACCAUAGUUGCUAGUUACUUUUACUCGAUAAUUCAUAUUCUAAUUUGAAAACUAAAUAGCAAAAGUAUUCAAAAUUGGUACUGAUCUUCUAUUGUUUAUUGUUUUAGUUUUUAAGUAUCUAUUUAAAUAACAAUGCUAUACUUAUUUAAGAAGCAUAUUUAUAAUAUAAUAUGAGCUUGAUAGCAUAAAUAGCUGUAUACUUUAUAGUUCUCCUUUUUUUUUAUCCGUUUAUAAGGAUCAUCACGAUAGAAGAUGGAGUUAACAUCCUUAUUUCCAUAAAUAUUUUACUACUAGGAAUAAAUAUUAUUGUUGAAAAUAAUUACUAUAGUUUAGGUUUUUUUAGUUUUACUUAUUCUAUGUUAGCUGGAGGAAUUUCAUUAAUUCUUCCUAUGAUGAUAUCAGAACUUUAUAAGAGUUUUUAUAAUUUAUUUUCUGAAGAUUACUAUAUCAGGUUAGGAUUAGGAUUUUAUUUUAUGUGCUUCUUCCUUCAGAAUUAUUAGUUUAAAAGAAUGUACAACGUAACUCCUUACUACUUUUUUUACGAACCAUAAUUCUUAAAUAGUGAACUUAGAGGUAUAAAAUAUUCUCUGAAAAGAAAUACUCCUAGCAUUUAUAUAGGAUUUAUAAAAAAACAAACUAUUAAGAGAUACAACCAAAAUCAAAUGCAAUACGCUUCAAAAUAUGAAUAAUAAUUUUGA